CACCCUGCUAUUCGAUACAUUGAAUCGUGCAGUCAAUUUAAAUUUUGUCAGUUGUUAAAACAUUACCGUUGGAGGAGUUACUAAUUGUUCGAUUUAGUAUUACGAAAUAUUUUAAACAUAACGUUAGGAUUGUGCGUGUUAAAUAAAAUGUCAACACAUCAGAACAAGUAUAAAGAGACGAAAGUUGGCUUCUGGAAUGCAAAAGAAAGCCGAUUUAUUCGUGUUGAGAAACACGAAGAAUUGCGUAAAAAGCAAAGAGCUAAAGUUUUCAAUGAAAACAGAAAUAUUUCUACUUCUAUAACUAAUAAACCAGAGAAUAAGAGAGUGCAAACAGCUUCUUUGGACCAAGACCGUCGUACUAGGUUAAUGAAAUGGCAAGCUGAACGCGAGAAACGCAGGCUUGAACAACUAAAGAAAAAACCACCUUUUGUAGUUGGAAAGGUUCAUCAUAAGAUAUAUUCUUCAGUAUGUAAUGACCAAACUGUUGCACCAAAUACGGCUCGUCAAAAGAUACCUAAACAAACUGCAGCAAAACCAACUGCAUCUCCACCAAAACGAAUCACAAGAGCAACAGAGAAAAGAUUAAUGAAUAAGGUGCUUGCACAGAAAACGCUAAAUGGUUUGGGUAAAACUCUACCGUCUAUAAAUAAAGAGCAAAAGAGUGAAAAAAAGCAAAAACAAUCUUUUGCUCCUAUAAAUUAUAAAUUUAAAACUCCAGCAGGGUUGACAGAUGUAUCAUUAUUUGGUAAAGUAGCUAUACAAGAUGUAUCUGUUAGCAAGAGUAAAUUCAUGUCUACGUCUAUAAAAAUGGAUAGUAAAAAUAGUAGAACAGAAUUUAUUAAAGAAAUAAAUAAUGGUAAAAAGGACAAUACACCAAAAGUUAACAGACUAAAAGAUACAGACCAUUCAAUGGAUAGUCCGAUAGAAGCUGUAUCAUUAAAAUUAUCAUUAGAUGACACGUUUACUUGUUCUAAUGAAAAUGAUGAUGCCAGCAAGGUAGAAACACAAGAUAAUGGUACACAUAAUAAUAGUGUUGCAGAAACACUUUCUUCAAAGCAUGCAUCAACACCGAAUGAUUCUCCAAAUGACCCAGUGUUCUUUUCGCCAUACAUAGUUUCUAGUCGCGGGAAAAGCAAUGCUAGAAAAGAGCAACAGAUAAAACGUGGGUUCAGUCUUAAUCGUUCAAAUAGCGACGAUAUUCCCACAAAGGAUACUGUUAUGAAAACUUUAAAUAUUUCAGUUGAAGAGGAAGAACAAACUGCCCAAUACUUCAGGUUUCUCUUAAAUGUAGAAAUUGAUAGAUUAAAUGCAUUAUGUGAAAAGUGGACAGAUAUCAAAGAAGAUGACACAACUACUGAAGACGGGCAGUAUGAAAUUAAUCAAGCCAUUGGGCAAACAAAUUUAUUGUUGAACAAAAAAUUUGAAAGAUUUCGUAAAUUAGUUGCUGACUGUGAAACAGGAAAAGGAGAAUUGUUAGUCACCUGCAAAGAUUUGCAAGGCUUCUGGGACAUGAUGUACAUGCAAGUAAAAGAUUGCGAUGCAAGAUUCGAACGUUUAGAGAAACUUCGUUCGAAGAACUGGAUUGAAGAUCAAACUCCUGUUCCUAAGGCCAAGUCUGUUAAAAAGAAGAAUGUCACAAAGAAGAAACCUCCACUUGCAAAAGAAAGUUCACUAAGAGCCUUUUUGGCACAGAAGAAAAAGAAUAUUGCACAGAAAACAGAAAAUAACGACCAGUGUUCAAAUAAUAUGCUUGAAAACAAAAAUAAUUCUAAUGUUUCAAAUGAAACAAGAAGGUCCUUUACACCUAUUAGUAAAAAGAAAACAAGAUUAAGUCUACUGGAAAAGUCACGAUUGUCUACAACAUCACAAAACGUUAAAAGUCCAUUAACUGUAAUAAAAGUCAGUCAGAUGUGUAAAACACCAGAUGUUGAAUUGAAUAACGCAAUAUCUUACAUCAAUUCCAAUCAAACACCAGGGAAGGGUAUUUUGAAACUAACAAAAAGUAUAAGCGAAGUAAAGUCUUCCGUAAAAUCAAGUAAAGUUAAUUUUGACGAUCAUGUUUUAAAGGAAACACCAGUUGAUGAACAAUGUAAACUAAAAUCAGAUUUAGAUGUAAUGUUGGAAAGAAUAGAUAGCUUUGAUUUCGGUAGUCCGGAAGUAGUAAUUAACGUAGAAAGAAAACUUAAUUUUGGUAGUUCUGAAGAAUCUGAAGAUGAUAAUAAACAAGAUUCUGAAUUAGCAAUUCUCACAGAUAAGAAACUAACUAAAAUACCAUCUGACAAAAUACAAACUGCAACUCCGUCAAAAUAUUCAGAAUUAAAUACGACCUACACACCAUCACCAGAAAGAAAAUUAACUAGGCAAAAUGCUAUGGAUAAAAAUGAUGAAGAUUUAAUAUUAAAUGUUACAUUACCACAACUUGAGGACAUUGCAGACAAUAGAGAUUCAAAUACAUCCAACCAAAAGACACCCAAACGGGUUUCUAUGUUUCAUAAAGAAGAAACAAAUGGACAUGAUGAAAGUAUAAGAGUUUUAAGAAAUAGAGUCAUUACUUCAGUAGGUACACCCAGACCUAGAAGAUCUUCCAGGAAAAUGUCUGUUGGUGUAGAAGACUCAGAAUACAAAGAAAAUAAAACUCCUAUGAAAGCAAGAAGGAAGAAUUAUGUUGAAGUUGCUGUUGAAGAUGAGAAAACGGAUUUACAAAAUUCAUUGGACAAAAUGUCUUUCAAUGAAAACGGUGAUAGACGAAAAUCUCAACGAAGAGUAAAAUUUUCUGAAAAAGACUGUGGCGGUUGUGUUUCAAGUAAACCGGUGCUUCCUAUGACUCCUCACGUUAAACGUAGAGCAAAGUCUGCUGAAAAGAAAAGAAGCAUAAUACCAGCAGAUGUUACAUCAUGGGAAAUUCCAGAGAAACUUCCAGAUCGUGUCAGAAGAUCUCGAAGUAAGUUAAGCAUUUAAGUAUAUAGUAUGUAUGUGAUAAAUGAUAUAUUUUAUAAAUAUAAAAAUAUGUACAAACUUCUA